UUUAUAACACUCUCAUUAUUCAUCCUACUUUUUUUUUAUAUAUAUUUGAGAACACAUUUAUUAAAAAAAGAAGUUAUACUAGUCAUUUUUAGAUGUUUUAUUAAGUGUUAUUGUCAUUAUAACCCAACAAUAUUUUUUCGUUUUGUUUUAAAAGGUCUUUAGUCUUAUUUCGGUGCCUUAUGAACCAACAAACUCACAAAAAUUAUGUAAUUGACACCCUUUUCUUGAAAAUGAAGUAGUCACUCGGUUAAGAAGGUGAUCUGACCAUUACUUCCCAUAAUUCUCUUGAUUGAAUAAAAUCUGCGUGGAAACACAUCUAAUUUUGAAUAAUACUAACCUAAAUAUAUAUAAAAUCACUUUUAUUUAUUAAGCAUCAUCGCAACAUCUUCUUUCGGUGCCUUAAAGAUGAUGCAAAGUACAAAACUUUAAAUUUUCACGAUCGUAUACCUUGUGAGUGAUUUUGAACCUUAAAAUUUGCUUUCUUACAAUGCAUGUCGAUUUAUUUGAGAGUUGAAUUGAACUUCAAUGAUAUUUUUGUGUGAUGCGUUGCUUAUGUUGGUGGUGACGAUUACUAUUUUACUGAUUAGACUUUAAUGGUGUGGACGUUGAUGAAUGUGUCACCCUUCAUAGAACGUUUUACUGGAGAAAGGUGUGAGAAGUUGUAUAAUGCAAACUGUUAUUUAUCCUAUGGUAUUAGUUACAUAGAAACUGAUAUGGAUUAUGCUCAUUUUAUUGAUACCACUUAUGAAUACCUUGCAAUAUACCUAUACAUUGAUCAUAUUAGGGAUUGUUUAGAUGAUUUUUGGGAUUCAGAUAACGGAGGUGUUAGUCAUGAUGAGCAUGGUAUAGUAAUACAACGUGGCGAAAAACAACCUACUGAAAUAACCCACAAGGCCACAAUAUAUAAAAGGGAGAAAACCAUGGAUAAUUGGAUUGUAGCACCUGGUUCCUGGAUUUGGGAAGGAAGUGGAGUAGAUCAAGAGGAAGGGAAGGAAGUCAAGCAUCUUAGUGUCCUCUCAGUGAUUCCUUUGAGGUACCUCUUCAGCCAAGGGGAAGGAGCAGGCCCGGGUAGCAGCAUAUCACACACACUUUUGUUUCCGCAGUUAUGAGUUUAUUCUGGGAAUGACACUCUGAUAUUUUGGUUGUUUAAAUGUUGUGGAUUUCGUUUUGGUUUUCGAUGUGGAAUGGUUAAUUAUACAAUGUCUUAAUUAUUAAUGAUUUCCAAGUAACGAUUUAUAACAAAAUUUUUGG